UGUCUCGGCUCUCUCACCGUCUCUAUCUGUCCUCCUCCUCCUGUCUCUUAGUCUCAUUUCUGUUCGUCGCUUUCUGUUUUUGUCUUGUACUUCAGCUUUCUUGUUCACUUGUGUUUGAUUUUCUUUAUUCCUCUCAAGCUAUUUUUUCUUUUGUCGGUUUUUGCGUCUCACCUUUGCAUCUGGUUUUCCCUGACGAGCUAUAUUUUACUUUGUCACAACUCUUAUUUCCUGCAGUUUCUUUGUGCCGUUGCUUUAAUAUUGUAUCGUCCCGUCCUUUGUGCUUUUUCUCUCCACAACUCCUUAGUCGUCUAGUUUUUCUGCUUUUGCUUCUCCUGCCUCUCUCCUACAACACUCCUCCAUCCUCUUCUGUUACCCUCAAGCUCAUCUCCGAGUAUCUCUGCACUUCUGCAUAAUGGGAAAGACAGAACUGUGCUCUCUCUAUAAGGGUUUUCUGGACUGUAUUUGCCUCUGCCUCUCUCGAAGCAGCGGUGAAGCAGCAGUCGACAAUGAGAGGGACACUGAGAACGGCCACCUGAUCUACAAAAGUGGGGAUGUUCUCGAGGACAGAUAUGAGAUAGUGGACACUUUAGGCGAGGGAACUUUUGGGAAGGUGGUGCAAUGUUCGGACCACAGAAGAGGAGGAAGUCGAAUCGCUCUGAAGAUCAUUAAGAACUUGGACAAAUACAGAGAAGCAGCCAAACUGGAAAUCAACGUUCUGGAGAAGAUCAGCGAGAGCGAUCCUGACAACAGACAUCACUGUGUGCAGAUGCUGGACUGGUUCAACUACUACGGCCAUGUGUGCAUCUCCUUUGAGCUGCUCUCUCUCAGCACCUUUGACUUCUUGAAAGCAAACAACUUCCUGCCUUAUCCCAUUAACCAGAUCCGACACAUGGCCCACCAGAUCUGCCACGCUGUCAGCUUUCUCCAUGACAACAAGCUGACUCACACCGACCUGAAGCCUGAGAACAUCCUCUUUGUCAACUCAGACUACUCCCUCAUAUACAACGCUGAGAAGAAGUGCAAUGAGCGGAGGAUAAAUGACACCACAGUGCGGCUCGUUGACUUUGGCAGCGCCACCUUUGACCACGAACACCACUCCGCCGUCAUCUCUACGCGUCACUACCGAGCUCCAGAGGUCAUACUGGAGUUGGGUUGGAGUCACCCAUGUGACGUGUGGAGCAUCGGCUGCAUCCUGUUUGAAUACUACGAAGGCUUCACACUGUAUCAGACUCAUGAUAAUAAGGAGCAUCUCGCUAUGAUGGAGAGCAUUCAGGGGCCGGUUCCUCAGAGAAUGAUCCAAAGGAGCAGAAAGCAGAAGUAUUUCCACCGUGGGCGUCUCGACUGGAAUGAGUGCUCCAAGGCCGGACGCUACGUGAAAGCCAAGUGCAAACCAUUAAGGAAGUACUUGUUAUCACACGGAACACAACACCACCAGUUAUUUUACCUCUUGGAGACGAUGCUGGACUACGAGCCCUCAACACGCAUCCCUCUUUCCUCCGCCCUGUGUCACCCCUUCUUCCUGCCUCUUCAUCACCCAGGAAGGAGUCAAGUCUGGAGGAACAGCUGUGACAUGAGCAGAUGACCCUGAGUAGGCUCUAUGAGGACCAUACCAGUGCUUUUGCAAGUAUUAGUUUCUCAAUACAAAUCAUGUAUACUUUAUAUUACAUUUCAAUCAGGAGAGACCGAUUGAAUCAAGGGCUUAAAAAGUUACACAUUUAUUUACUUGAUAUAGUGUGCACUAUAGGAAAGGUUACUGUAUGUGAGGAGUCUUUGGCAGAGUAGAUUGGUUUUAUGGGAGUAAUCAUGCCGUAAAUCUUGUAGGAUUAUUCCCCCGAUGGAGUCGGGUGAUGGUGAAAGAGUGGAGAACAAUAGGUGGAGAUUUGGAUGGAUGUGAUUCCUCAUGCGCUCAGUGGAAGGACCCGUUGGACAUGUGGUCCUGAUGAAACUGGAGGUGAAUGGGGUUGAGGUGGGGCAUGUCUAUAACAGCAUGAAAUAAUAUAAGUAUGUAUGUGUACCGUAUAUGAAUUAACAGCUGACAGCAGCAGAGAAGGGAAGAAUUGUUUGACACCAACAAAAUGAUGAAGUCAGCUGACUGAGUUAUAAGUGGGAAAGAAAACAAUCUAGAUAAUUAGAGACUGUUAUUAGGCCGUUAUAUAGGCAUUAUCGGUGUACUGUAUAUAAGCCUAGUAGUUAUUUUAAGCCAAAACACAAUGUUUUUCCCUAAACAAGUUGUUUUGUUUGUUAAAAACAUAAUGUUUCAUUC